GGAACACUAGACCGCAAUCCACUGACCAGCACAUCUGUAAGUUUGGGACCACAAGACCACACAGGGAUCGUAUUUGGAGGUAUUGGAACAAAAACCACGACGCAGGUGCCAUCUGCGAGACACGUUUACUACAAGAUGAUGGAAGAACAAAGCGAAGGAUAUUUGGUUAUCUUCCUACAACAAAUAUUAAGGAUUACUUCUCUGAAGGAUGAGAAACUUGUCAAAAAUGUGUUGGAGGAAGUAGAACUACAUGUGGGAACUUGGUUUGAGCAUGAGUGGUUCGGCGAUCCCCUGACCAACGUCAUCACUGAUAUUUCCCGGUUCGUCAGCGAAGGAGAGAUUGAUAUAGUAAGAAGCUACUCAUCAAUGAUGUACCACAUGCUGCAAGUCAGGAAGACUGCUGUAUCAGUAGACGUGAACUCCAUCAUAGACUAUGCUGAUCUGCUGUACAAUGAAGACGAGGGAGGUGAACUCUUUGAUGCUGUAACAGAAUAUGAAACAUAUCCUAAAGAUUGA